UUCGAAAAUUGUAUCUCAUCAUUUCAAUAUAUUACCCAAUGUAAACUCAAAUCCGCAUGCUGUCAAAAGAAAAGAAAAAGGACUCAUAUCCGCUCUGUGAAAGAUUAAAUUAAUGGCAUCCUCAUCAUCUAAUCAUGUAGGAGGAACAAACAAGGUUACUGCUGGGGAUGAGCAAGUAACUGCAGACGAGAGGACUAUCUUCCUCACGUUUUCUAGAGGAUACCCAAUCUCUGAAGCAGAGGUGCAUGCCUACUUCACCUGGAGAUACGGAGAAGUCAUAGAAGCGAUAGAGAUGGGUGGAAAGGUAGGGGAUGAAGAGGUGCUGUACGCAAAGAUGGUUUUACAAUCCGCCGCCACGAUUCCAGAGAUUCUAGACAAUGGUGGGGACAGCAGGAACAGGAAGUUCACCAUCAAUGGCAAACAUGUUUGGGCUCGAAAAUUCAGUCCCAGAUCCUCCAACAAUCUUCUUCCCCCAUCCUAUGGAGUCUCUCCCUAGUUUCUUAUAUCAUACAUAUAUAACUGCUCUCCUUUGUCAAGACUUUGACAUUUAGUUGUGUAUCUCAUAAUUACAUUUUGCGUGGACUCAAGUUCGUUAUUUCUCAAACAUCUUUCACUUUCGAUAUAUACUUUUCCAUUUUUUAAGGAAUAGAAUCUCGCGUCUAUGCUAAUGCUGGACACUCUUGUCCUUUACAAAGAAGCCGUAGACGGUAG